CAAAGCAAACAAAUCUUAUUUAAUACCUACUAAGUUUAUAUACAUGGAUACACAUAUAUAUAUGCUAUGUAUUAUUCAAAGAAACGACAUACUAAACGUAUAAUAGAGUAUAUUAUAAGAAAUCAAAUCAUAUCAUUCUAGAUGCCACAACAAGAAACAUGUUAUUACUACUUUACAUGAAAUUUAUUUAAUCAGAAGAUUAAUCAACUAGUGGUUACGUAACAAUGAUCAAAAUAACUAACUUAUCAGUAAGAAUAAAUAACUAUUUUUUACAAAUGCUAAGUAUAUAUAUUAAUGUAAUUGUCAACUUAAUUGAUGUGGUGGAGAUGAAAAAUUCUUGUCCUUUUUCUUCUUAUGUUCAGGUCCUGAGUUCUCGUCCCAAAUGGAAAUAUAAUCCUUUUUUAGUGGAAAUACAAUUGUAUAUGAAAGUUGAUGAAAAUAUUGUAAUUUGGAGCUAGAAUUUUCAUAAUUGUAUUUUUUUUACAACAAACGGAUAUUCUAUUAAUCAAACUUAAGGUGGUCUGGUAAAUAAUAAAUAUAAUGGAUCUAUAUAUUUGUUUUAAGUCAACUAUUUCGAAAUUCCGUAAUUUGAAAAGCAAGCUCAAAUAAACAUGCUACCUACGUAGUUUAGUUAGGUUAAAUUCUUGAAUAAUUAUACUCCAAUUAAAUCAAAAUGUAAAAUAUCUUAGGUUAAUAUGCACAUCUAUGAAAAAAUAAUUUUAUAUAAAAAUAUCAUUAAAAUAUAAAUUAUUUAAUUAAUUACAAAAUAGACUACAAAUAUCCUUAACUCCACAAUUUUAAAGAAAUUUAUACCAUUUUUAUGAUAAGUAUGAUAUGUUCAUUUUUUUAGGUUUUCAUUCUUUUGUUUUGACAAAAAAACAUGUUCUCACUGGGGGAAUGAAAAGUGAAAACAAGUGCUCUAUCCCCCUUUUUCUCCCUCACAAACUCUUUUCUUAACUUAAAAGAAUAAAAAGCACAUCUAAAAUUACAUCUAAAAUUAAAACUCAGAAAAAGUAUUUAAAAUAUUGAAUUUAGUUUACCGAAAAAAUGUUGAAUUUGGAAAACUAUCCAUCAUGCACAUGUAAAAAACACACGUACAUCACAUAUUACCAUCCAACGGUCACAGCUCAAACCCCUAUAUAAAGAGGUUGCUUCCUUCCCAUACACAAAACAGUCUUUCUUCAGCUGUAAACACAAAUACAGAGAGAGAGCAAACCCAUUUCUUGAAAUUCGAUUUCAGACAAAGCAUGAAGAGAGUCAGAGGUUUCAAGAUUGGACAUAGAUUCGUCAAGAUCUUUAGAUGGAUCCGAUCCAAAAGAACUCAAACAAUGAAACGUCAAUGUCCGACCCGAAUAACAAACCCGAUCGCCGGAAUCCGCUCACUAGCACGAUCUCUAAGCCGUAGAGCCAAGAGACUGUGUGGUGGCAAGAAGAAUUCGGGCCAGAGUCAGAUCCGACUGGGUAAGGAUCCGAGAACGUCUGCUUCGAUAAAGGUUGUUCCGAAGGGACAUUUGGUGGUUCACGUCGGCGAAUCAGACGGCGACACGCGGCGGGUUGUAGUUCCGGUGAUCUAUUUUAAUCACCCAUUGUUCGGAGAAUUGUUGGAGCAAGCGGAGCGGGUUCACGGGUUUGAUCAACCGGGUCGGAUCACGAUUCCAUGUCGUGUUUCUGAUUUUGAGAAAGUUCAGAUGAGGAUCGCUGCAUGGGAUCACUGUCGCAGGAAGAGUAAUUACAAGAUUCUGUAAUUUGACACAUUCUUGUCUUAAUUUAAAAAGAAAAUAGAGGCCUUUUGUAAAUAUAUUGGUUUUUUCCUUGUUUUAUACACACCGUAUGCCGUGUACAUAAGUGUAAAACGACAAAUAAAGUGAAACGGAGAAAGUAGUAGAAAACAUAUUAAAUAAGUAAUACUAGAUGAUUUAUGUGGUUUUUAA